AUGAGUCGAUUCGUGCGACCUUCGAAGUACCGACACGUAUUCGGCCAGCCAGCAAAAAAGGAGAAUUCGAUCGAAAAUGUCAAGGUCACAACCAGUGCCUGGGACACGAACCUCAUCAGCGCCUCUGGCUCUUACCUCAGCUUGAACUGGGCGUCUUCCGGAGGAGGAGCCUUCGCGAUCCUCCCUUUGCCUUCACCAUUCGGACCUAUACCCUUCGGCAUUCCCUACAAACUCCCUGACAUAAUACCUCUUGCUCGAGGACAUACCGCCCCUGUUCUUGAUACUGAUUGGUCCCCUUUCCAAGACAAUGUUGUGGCGAGCGGAGGCGAAGACGGUAAAAUCUUGGUCUAUAAAGUUGAAUCGCGUGAAUUCGAAGGUUGGGGUGGAGAUAAAUGGCAACCUGUCGAUUUCGAACCUGUCGCCCGAAUUGCUGGCUCGGCUCGAAAGAUAGGACAAGUUCAGUUUCACCCCACUGCUGCGCAUGUCCUGGCCGCCACAUCGGGUGAUUAUAUUGUCAAGCUUUGGGAUCUUGGUUCCCCAGAAGAGCCGAGGUCAACUCUCACUGGGCAUCAAGACACGAUCCAAGGUCUUGCCUUUAAUACGACUGGAACCUUACUUGCUACCACCUGUCGUGAUCGUAAGAUACGUUUGUUCGACCCUCGUGUUGGUGGAGAGGCGGUCCGAAUCACCGAUGGGCAUAGCGGUAUCAAAGGUUCACGCAUUGUUUGGAUGGGAGACAAAGAUAGGCUUGCUACUACCGGCUUCAGCAAGAUGUCUGAUCGGCAAUUAUCAAUUUGGGAACCCGGAUCCCUGAAUAAUGUGACGACAACUAUCAUUGAUCAAUCUGCUGGCGUAGUGAUGCCGUUCUGGAGUGACAAUGGGGUCAUAUUCUUGGCCGGAAAGGGUGACGGAAACAUUAGGUUUUACGAGUAUGAGUCAGAUGCUUUGCAUCCUCUGUCGGAACACAAGUCUUCUGAUCCCCAACGUGGAAUGUGCUUCUUGCCGAGGAGAGCCUUAAGUGUCUCAGAAUGCGAGAUUGCUCGUGCAUACAAAGUCACUGGCUCGAUUAUCGAGCCAAUUGCCUUCAUCGUGCCACGCAAGUCGGACACCUUCCAGUCCGAUAUCUUUCCCCCCGCAGCGUCCGACGAGCCUGCAUUAACCGCCGCCCAAUUCUUUUCUGGUAAAACUGCCCAGCCAAAGCUGGUUGAUCUCAACUCCGGUGAGAUCACAUCUUCGUCAGCCGCCGUAGCCACUACGCCUUCUCCAUUCUCGGCUCCAACCCAAAGCAUCCCUAAUCCUCCUACGAGGACCUAUACUGCACUGGCACCUGUAUCCGUACCUGCCCCUGAACCUUCGCCUCUCACACAAGGGAGAUUUGUUGAUGCUGCUCCAAGCCCUGUUGUCGCUACUUCUGUCUACCCGACGAGCUUUUCCCUGCACCCCCCAGCUCCUAUCCCGCGUGACGAGCCCUCUCCCGUACGGACAAGUGGUGAUGAUACUCACCUGGCCGAGAACGCACAACUCAGAACCGAUCUACGCGAGGCCAAAGCACAGAUUCGCAAUUUAGAACUUCAAGUAGAGACUCUUAAAGCCAAUGCAGCCAGAGCCGCCAAAACCCUGCAAUUUGGCCUGGAAUGA